UCUGGACAAAGCUUAGCCCGAUAACCCCAUCUCUUCCUCCUACCAAUGAUGCAGCCGUCAAUCGCCCUUUUCCUCCUCUCCCUCUACCUCACCUCCCGCCACCACUUCCGGGCCUAGAAGGCUCAGCCCAAGCCCGCCCCGCCGAACCACAUCCACCACUGCGAGGUUCGAUUUCUCCCCGAGUUCUUUGAUGUGUGGGAUUUGUUAAGAAAUGGAAAUUUCAUGGUGCUAAAUGCUAGAGGGAUUGUGGGGUUUGGACCUGGGAGGGAUUUGAAGGUGUUUCCAUGGAAGAUGGAGAUCCAGAGAGAGGGGAAGCUGGAGAAAGAAGAAGGGAAGAGAAAUCAGCAUCACUCAUAUUCUAACGCCGCCCUAAUCUUCUCUUCUGUCGUGGAAGGUGCAGAGAAAUCAGCAUCAGUCAUAUUCUAACGCCGCCCUAAUCUUCUCUUCUGUCGUGGAAAGUGCAGAGAAAUCAACGGGAAAGUGCUGAGGACUAACUAUAUAUCUAUGCACUUUUACUUCUACUAUGAAGAAGGUUGAGAGUUGAGGAUCAUUUUCUGUGCUACCUUACUCAGAGCUUACAACUAGAAACCGCCGGUAUAGGUAAACAGAAUACGAAAAAUAACCAGAAUGGUUGUCAAGUUGCUAACUCAUAUUAUUCUGUUUACGCUGUUGCUGCAGUUACUACCAGUAUCAUCAUCACAGAAACCGCCCAUAGCAAAGCCUAACUGUCAGUCUCAUUGUGGAGACAUUGAAAUCCCGUAUCCCUUUGGAAUUGGGGCAGGUUGUUUCAUUGACGACUGGUUCCAAAUAAUCUGUGACAACUCUACUGGCAAUCCCACUCCUUUCUUGAACCGUACUAAUCUGGAGGUCCUCGAAAUUUCUGCUGAAGGAGGUACGCUAAGGGUCACAAACCCGAUCACCUUCUCAAAUUGCAGCAACAAGCCAAUCAACCGCCAGACGGCCAACUUGGAGGGCAGCCCUUUUGUGUAUUCAACAAAGAACGUGUUCACUGCAGUUGGUUGUGGUUUUAUGGCCACGUUCACCUCAAACUCAAAUGGCUACUUCAUUUCAAGUGGAUGCAAGUCCGAGUGUGACAUUUCCAUAAAUAAGAGUAACGGUGCCCGGCAUAAUGUAUGCAACGGUGUGGACUGCUGCCAGAUAGCCAUCCCUUCAUUUCUCUCUGCUUUCAAUACGAGUUUCCAGCCUGAUGACGAUAAAACACGAAGUUCAUGCAAUUACGCAUUCUUGGUAGACCGCAAAUGGUUUCAGGGGUAUGCCAACAAUUUAACAAACAUUUCUGCCAUCAGCGAAAGGGACAAUAUUCCUGCGGUGCUUAAAUGGAACAUGUUUCAUUCCACAACUGAAGUGUUUGGAACCUUUUUGGAAGUAAAUGCAACGACAAGAAGCGAGUACCCAAUCCGGCCUCGGUGUGUUAGCUACCAUGACAACUCUUCCGCAUAUGGAUCCUCAAGGCUUGAUUGUACCUGCGGAGGGGGCGCUGAAGGAAAUCCCUAUCUUCUCGACGGAUGUCAAGACAUCAAUGAAUGUGAGGUUGGCAAAUGUUCCGAGCACCUAGUAUGUGUGAAUCAGCGUUCGGGUUACAGAUGCGUGAGUCCUCCGAAGAGCAAAUCUCCCGUCAAAGCCAUCAUUAUAGGUAUCGGCAGUGGUCUUGGAUUCUUGUUACUGCUCCUUGGUGCCUGGUGGUUGCAUAAACUCAUAAAGAAAACAAAAGCCAUUAAACGCAAGAAGAAGUUCUUUAAACAAAAUGGUGGUAUACUAUUGGAGCAACAACUGGCGGCUGGUGAAGUAAAUGUUGAGAAAAUUAAGCUGUUCAAUUCACAUGAGUUAGAGAUGGCCACAGACCAUUUUAACAUCGAUAGAAUUCUUGGCCAGGGAGGCCAAGGUACUGUUUACAAAGGAAUGUUGACGGAUGGAAGAAUCAUUGCUGUAAAGAAGUCUAAAUUAGUUGAUGGAGGCGAAAUUGCGCAGUUCAUUAACGAAAUUGUCAUUCUUUCGCAAAUUAACCAUAGGAAUGUGGUUAAACUGUUGGGUUGCUGUUUAGAGACAGAAGUACCUCUCUUGGUUUAUGAAUUCAUACCGAAAGGGACUAUCUACCAAUAUCUCCACGAAGAAAAUGAGGAGUUUUUAUUUACGUGGGAAAUGCGCUUAAGGAUUGCUGCUGAAGUUGCAGGAGCUCUUUCUUACUUACAUUCAGCAGCAGGUUUUCCAAUUUACCACAGGGACAUCAAGUCUACAAACAUACUCUUAGAUGAUAAAUACAGAGCAAAAGUUGCAGAUUUCGGGACUUCAAGAUCGGUUUCCAUUGACCAAACCCACCUCACCACAAUAGUACAUGGCACCUUCGGGUACUUGGACCCAGAGUACUUCCAAUCAAGUCAGUUUACGGAUAAGAGUGAUGUGUAUAGCUUUGGAGUUGUCCUUCUUGAGCUAUUGACUGGAGAAAAAUCCGUUUCUCUAACAAGGUCACCAGAAAUCAGAGGCCUAGUUACAUAUUUUAAUUUUACAAUGGAAGAGAAUCGUCUGUUUGAUAUUAUUGAUGCUCGAGUUAAGGAGGAGGGUGUAACGGAAGACAUACUAUCAGUUGCUAACCUCGCAAACAGAUGCUUGGAGAUGAGUGGAAAGAGACGGCCUACGAUGAAAGAAGUGGCAAUGGAGUUGGAGAGGAUUCAAAAAUCAGUCAAGUCUUCUAAUAAUCUGCAACAAAAUUACGAUGAGGUCGAAUAUGUUAGAAAUGACGUAACUGGUCCUUGGGAUGUUACAUCGACAGGGUCGUGUUUGGCUGGAGGUACUACUCCGUCAAAAGAUUCACUACCACUACUAUCUUACUGAUCACGACCAGCAAUUGGUGGAAACUGGAGAUUUCCCUGAUCUUGUUUUCGAAGCAAGAAAUUUUUUUUUUUUUUUCUGGUUUUAAUCAACUUGUUUAGUGGUGUCUGUAUGCUCCGAUUGUUCUUGAUGUUUUAUGUGCUAAUAAUUUUGAUGUGUCCGACAGUUUUAGCUUCUCUGCACAAACUGUUAUUAGCAGUCUGAAAAGGUCGUAUUUUCUAGACUCUUCCUGUUUAAAUAAUCUAAAUCCUAGUAUGCUAUUGUGUUUUCCA